GGAAGGAGGCGGGGCUGAACCAGCGCAAAGAUGGCGGCGGCCUUAGACGAUGAAUUAGAGCUGGAUAACCAAGACUAUUAUUCUCUUCUCAACGUCAGGAAAGAGGCCACUCAGGAUGAGCUGAAGGCCUCCUAUAGGAGGUUGUGUAUGCUCUACCACCCAGACAAGCACAGAGACCCAGAGCUGAAGAGUCAGGCAGAGCAGCUAUUUAACCAGGUGCACCAGGCCUAUGAGGUUUUGAGUGAUCCUCAGUCCAGGGCCAUCUAUGACAUCUUUGGGAAGAAAGGCCUGGAGGUGGAGGGCUGGGAGAUUGUGGAGAGGAAGAGGACCCCAGUAGAGAUCCGUGAGGAGUACGAGCGGCUGCAGCGAGAGAGAGAGGAGAGGAGGCUGCAGCAACGGACCAACCCCAAGGGUACCAUUAGCGUGGGAGUAGAUGCCACAGACCUGUUUGAUCGCUAUGAUGAGGACUUUGAGGAGAUGCCUGGAGGAGGAUUCCCUCACAUCGAGAUCAACAGAAUGCACAUCUCCCAGUCUAUAGAGGCUCCGUUGACUAACUCUGACACUGCAAUGCUGUCUGGCUCUCUCUCCACACACAACGGCAACGGAGGAGGCAACAUCAACAUGACUGUCCGCCGUGUCACAUCUGCCAAGGGCUGGGGAGAGUUGGAGUUUGGUGCAGGGGACAUACUGGGACCUCUGUUUGGGAUGAAGGUGUUCCGUAACCUGACUCCACGAUGUUUCCUGACGGCUCAGUGUGGUAUGCAGUUCUCUCCCCGUGGCGUGCGUCCCAGCUGUUCUUUAAUGACAGCUCGUCACCUAGACCAGAACACGAUGGGUUACCUGCAGUGGCGAUGGGGACCGCACAGCUCUAUGACCACUAGUGUGGUCCGAGACACCAAGACCAGCCACUUCACCCUGGCACUGCAGCUGGGUGUCCCUCACUCCUAUCUGAUGAUGAGUUACCAGUACAAGUUCCAGGAUGAGGACCAGACCAAGGUCAAGGGAUCGAUCAAGACUGGUUGGUUUGGUACAGUGGUGGAGUAUGGAGCAGAGAGGAAGAUCAGUCGGCACAGUGUCCUAGCUGCUACUGUCAGUGUCGGAGUGCCACAGGGAGUCACCCUCAAAAUCAGGUUGGCUCGUGCCAAUCAGACCUAUCUAUUCCCAGUCCACCUGACAGACCAGCUGCUGCCCAGUGCAGUGUUCUACGCCACCGUGGGGCCUCUACUAGUCUACAUGGCCAUACACAGACUGGUCAUUAUACCAUACACAUGCUCCCAGAAACAACAAGAUCUGGAGCUACAGAGGAAGAGCUCAGAAGUAGACAUGGUCAAGAAGAAACAAGAGGCUGAGUCAGCCGUUCUGCUGAUGCAGGAGUCUGUGAGGAGAAUCAUCGAGGGAGAGGAGUCUAAGAUGGGUCUGAUCAUCCUGAAUGCGUGGUAUGGAAAGUUUGUGACAGACAACAGCGCGCGCCAAGAGAGAGCUCAGGUUAUAGACGUUACUGUCCCUCUGCAGUGUCUGGUCAAGGACUCCAAACUCAUACUCACUGAGGCAUCAAAGGCGGGGUUGCCAGGUUUCUAUGACCCGUGUGUAGGAGAGGAUAAGAGUCUGAAGCUGCUGUAUCAGUUCAGGGGGGUGAUGCACCAAGUCCUCUCAGCUGACACUGAGGCUCUACGGAUACCCAAGCAGUCUCACAGAAUCGAUGCUGAGGCGUAGGAACCCUCUGUUAUGGGAGCAACAAGGGGCAAGUGGAGACAGACAGACAGACAGACAGACAGACAGACAGACAGACAGACAGACAGACAGACAGACAGACAGACAGACAGACAGACAGACAGACAGACAGACAGACAGACAGACAGACAGACAGACAGACAGACAGACAUUGACAGACAGACAGACAGACAUUGACAGACAGACAGACAGACAUUGACAGACAGACAGACAGACAGACAUUGACAGAAGGAUUGACAAGCAGAGGUCGAGAGACAAACAAAGUGAAUAGAAAUUCUCUCUCUUUCCCCAUCACAUUUAUGAAUUCAGACAUGAGUUCCUCUUCUCUCUCCGCUCUCAAAACCCACUAGAUUCCUCUCUUUUAGCCAUUGUAGUUUCCACUGUGUGUGUGUGCGUGUAAAAUGUAAUGAAAUCUCCCUCUCUCCACUCAUCUCCCCAGAAAGGUGCAAUAUGACUCGCGGUGUACAUAUCGGUGAAGGCUGCUACAGUUAAUAUUGUAUAACUAAUAUACCACUGUACUAUACUAGUUGUACUCAUGUUUUACACUACUAACUCAUGCGUUAUGGUUAGAACAGAACUAUGCAUGAAAACAUGUUCAUCAGUACCACUAUACUGACACCCAGCACUGCACUUGAAGGCAAAAAUAAAUAUUGUUUUGUUAAUAAUUGA